AGAAGUUUGUGAGUUACUGCGAGAGUUCUUCCACCUUAUCCUUGAGCAAACAACUACGUGAAUUCGUGGAUCAGGAACCAAGCACGCCACAAAAAGACCCCAAACUAGAAACUUCUGUCACCAUAGACUCGAUCCUUUUGUCCUUGAGGAAAUUGAGAGAAGCACUUUUGAAUUCCAAGCCAGAUGCGUUCUCUGUCAAGGUGUUUCUCUUCUCAGUGAGAAUAUCGGCUUCGAUUGGCUACUACCAGACGUACGUGCCGUCGAUAAACUACCUUCUUGGGCAAGACACUAUCAAGCUUCUCUCACCAAACGAAGUCGAAGAAUCAGCCUCGCUCCUAGUGCUUCACCUAUCACACUUCAACAAUCACCACACAAGGGCUGUGGAGACGUAUAUGCGAUAUUUCAAGAAAAAUGAACAGCCCGAGCUUCUAAAGGUGAUAAUGAGCUACUACUCCAAAAGCUACUUCACAUGGUGUAAGUUAUACAACUCCGAGACUGACAAUGCCCGAUCUAAAAUAAUGCGGUUCGGUCUCACAGCCAUGGUGGAGGCCACAAUUGCAGCCAUACAAAAGUCAUACUUCACACUCGAUAAGCGGUUUUUGAACGAAGAGGUUCUUCCCAAUGGUGUUGGAGUAGAUGCCUUGAUCGAUUCAGAGCAGGUUCUGUGGCGUGUGGAUGGUACUAAUGUGAUUAUCAAAGAGCGAGCCCAGCGAGCGUAGUGAGCCAAGAACAUAUGCGCGCCAUGACGAUUUUUCUGUUGUUCAACACUUGUACAGAACAUCUUUCUUGACCAGUUGUUCACAGCAGCCAAAGUCCGACCCAUACACCCACAUCCAAUGAACACCAGCUCCAAGUUUCCCGAGGGGAUCAAAAUCGAUGAUAUCACGUCGGGUCGAAUCGAUCCCCAGCUCAUCUACAGCGAAAUCGACCGGUUGAAAUACGAGAUAAACGUUCUUCGAAAUGACAUGUCGGUGUUCAUCCGGGCAUUGGCCACCAUACCUGAAGGUUCUAACCAACAGGACUACUACCGCCUGGUGGCCGGGAAAUUGAAGGUUGUCCAGAAUAGCAUCAAAGAGUACUGUGCUCAGUACAACAAACUACUUCCCAUAAUCAACUUGUCACAGAUCAAACUUGGCCAUGAAGUGGAGGUUCUUCCGCAGAACUUGAAAAACGAUAAGGCCAAGGUGAAGCCAGUCAAACGAUAAACUGGCUCUGCUGAUUAAAACAGCAAGAAACUUAAGGUAGCACAAAUCCUGUAAUUGACGAAUAACGAAUAAAUGUUUAACUUCACUAA